UUCUAGAGCCUCAAUUGGCAGCAACGCCCGAACUAGCGUUACCCAAACAGUGACACAGCCCCCUUCCCACUACCGCUUGCUCGGUUGUUCGUAGCAACGGUUUACACAUCCCCAUCGCUCACGAACACAAAACAAAGAUACACCCUGCGCUCCCCGUCUCCACAUGUCAAACAGAGCACGGCCGACACAGUCCAGAUACCAAGAAGCCAGGCCGUCGCCGCGGCUAUGAUGCCACCCGCGGCCGUCGCCCUCGCGCUCCUCGUGGUCUCGACGCUGCAGCCCCGGGCGGCGGUGCAGGCGCAGGUGUCGGCCGCUCCGGCGGCGGCUCCGGCGCCCAGCUGGGGGGAGCUGGACUGCACGGGCGCGCAGCUCAACCUGUCCUCCUGCCUGACGUACGUGGAGUCCGGGAGCGCGCUGACUCGGCCGGAGAAGGGCUGCUGCGGGACGCUCUCCGGCGUCGUGGACGGCGAUGCCGCCUGCCUGUGCGGGCUCGUGGGCGGGUACGGGUCCUUCGGGAUCCGCGUCGACGCCGUGCGUGCGCUGGCGCUGCCCACCAUCUGCCGCGUCGAAGCGCCGCCGCCCAGGCUCUGCGCCAUGCUGGGCUUGUCCGGCGCGGAGCCGCCGGGCGGCGCCGUGCCCCCGGCAUCAGGGUACGGCACGCCGGCGACGACGCCAGCAACGUCAGCCGCGAACGGCGGCGCCGCGACGGACCGGAGCCGAAGGCGUCAUCUCCUCCUCGUGCUCCUCCCGUACUGCGCCGCGCUCUUGACGCUGCUGCCGUAACUCCCAAGCACGCACGCCGACGGAGGCAGCCCCCGUACCCGUGCCACAUCGGUACAACUGUACAUGUACACGCGUUACAUCAAAUCGAUUCAAGUCCAGCAUAGCAUCGGUCGGUGUACACCAUCACCAUGCGCUGCCUCCUUGCA